AGUUGAAGUCUCGUUACGGUUUCGUUUCAAAAAAUAAGACACAACUCUCACCUUUUUCUUCUUAUCAUUAACUCCUCUUCUCCCCUCAACCCCCUUUUUAUAUUUUAUUUCCCCUCUUUAUAACCAUUCUUCCUCACUCUCUAAACCAAAAAAAAAACUUGAACAUGGAAUUUGACCUUGAAAAUCCGUUACCAUUUUCACAUGAUGAAACACAUUUAGACACAAUUUCACCUCUUUUCAACAUUGAAACUCAUCAUAUGCCUUCAAAAACUUACUUUCAAAUUCUCAUAAACUCGAAUUUUCUCAUCAACAUUCGUGAAGCAACCAUUUCAAAAAUCUUACAAAUUUCUCAACCCUUUGAUAGUCAUUUUCUUUCAUAUCUUGCGAUUAAUUAUCUCGAUCGAUUCUUAUCCUUCCAUUCGCUAUCGGAUGCGAAGCCGUGGAUCUUGAACCUAAUUGCUGUUUCUUGUGUUUCGUUAGCAUUUAAAAUGAAGAAAACAGAGUACUCUGUUACUGACAUUCAGCAAGAUGCUGGUACAAUAUUUGAUAUCGAGACGAUUAAGCGAAUGGAGCUUUUGAUUCUUGGAAGCCUAAAAUGGAGAAUGCGUUCAAUUACUGCAUUUGCUUUUAUAAAUUUCUUCGUAUCGUUGUUUAAAUUUAAAGAUCUACCCUUUCAACAACCACUCAAAGCUAGAGCUAUUGAGAUUAUAUUCACAUCUCAAAAUGAGAUCAAGAUUUUGCAGUUCAAGCCAUCUAUAAUCUCAGCGUCAGCUCUUCUAUGUGCUUCUCAUGAGCUUUUUCCUUUACAAUUCUCAUGCUAUAAAACAGCAAUCAUAAACUGUUCAUAUGUACAUAAGGAUGAUUUGUUAAGUUGUUAUAACGUAACGCAAGAGAUAACGAAAAAAGAAUAUGAAUCAAUAUUAGAGAUUGUAUCAAGCACAAGCACACCAGUUAACGUGCUUGAUGUGCAGAUGAGUUGGAGUUCAGAUAACGAGCCAAUUGAAGAAGAUAGUUCAGUUAAUGCAAUUAGCAGCAGGCAAGACAAUUUGACGAAACGUCGAAAGAUUAUUACUACUAUUAUUGAUGACAACACUUAAUUUAGCUGCGUAUAUUGAUGUUUCAUUAAAAAAAUUAACUUAUCUUUAUUUUAUUUUUAAUGAAAACGAAGCAGUAGUACGUGCCCACUGGAAGGGUUUAAAAAGUACAUUAGGAAAAAAAAAAGAACUUAAUAAAGCCAAGUUAGUACCCUUUUUUAUGUUUUAAUUUUUUUUUUUUGAUAAAUAAUGAUUUCUCUUUUUAAUUUUGUAGUAUUUAAAGUAGAGAUAUUUAUUGAAGUCGUUUUUGUUAAAGUGCAUUUUACUCCUCCA